AAAAAGAAUAACGCAUUUACCUUACACGUACAUAUUCUAUUACAGAAAUAAUUAAAUUAUAAUAUUGAAGUGUAUGGAUUACGUGUAAUAUGUAUAUGUAUAACAUAAUUGUGAUAGGUGGAUGGGAUCAUAUUAAUGUGUAAUAGUAAACCUUCUUUAUCCAUCCAUUGAAAUUCAUGAAAAAAUAAUUAAAAAAAAAGAAAGAAAAGAAAACUAAUCAAACAAUAUGGAUUUAUAUACGAAUUGCUUUUGUUGCUAAGGUCUAAUAUUCAAAGUUUCAACACUGUUUAUGUAUAUAUAUAUGUGUAAAAUCAAUUUAUUUAACCGUCGAUGAAGUUACGUAAUAUUGUCUAAUAACAAGUAAUCAUUUACUAAUCACUUAAAUUAUAAUACUACUCUCUAUCAAAUGUAUCCUAAUCUUAUUCAAUCUAAUGUUGUAAUCAACAAGAUUAUCAUUAUUAUUAUUACUUUCUAUUUAUUAUUAUUCACAAGAUCAACAUUAUUAUUGAAUUCAUUACAUUUUAAUCAAAAUCAUUUCAGAAAAACACAAAAAUUUAAUAUUGAAUUAUGUCAUAAUUUAACAUUGAAUACAUUAGCCCAUCAUUUAAAUAUUGAAUUAUUAUCUAUUAAAGAGAUAUAUAAAUAUAUACCCAAAAUAAGUAUUAUCAUUAUUGCAUAUAAUGAAAAUUCAAUCAUUAUAAAAAAUACAUUACAAAGUAUAUUAAUGAAUACAUCAUUAUUAUUAUUUAAUAAUAAUAUAAAAGAGAUUAUAUUAAUUGAUGAUUAUAGUAAUCCACCUAUAGAUGAUGAUCAAAUUAGAACAUUAAGCAAAAUUAUACGUGUAAUACGAAAUGAAAAUCGAGUGGGUUUAAUUAAAUCACGUAUGAAUGGUGCACGGAAUGCUACUGGUGAGAUACUAGUAUUUCUUGAUGCUCAUGUUGAAACAUUGGAAUAUUGGUUAGAACCAUUAGUUGUCCAACUGAUAAGCUUAAGAAAACAACAUCAACAAGAAAAACAUGGACAACUAAAUCUACCGAGUCAACAGGAUGAGAAAAGAACUUCGAAAUUACCAUAUGAUGUAAGACAUUUUAUUGUCAGUCCACUUAUCCUGUCAACACUAGACAAAUCAAAUUAUGAUAAUAUUGAAGAUAAUUUAUAUUUAGGAGGUUUCACAUGGGAUUUAAUAUUUCGAUGGCAUCAUAUUCAUGAAAAUGUAACACCAUUAUCAAUUAAAUUUAAUAAAACUGAUGUAUAUCAUUUAAUUUAUCCAAUUAAAACACCAGCAUUAGCUGGUGGUUUAUUUGCUGUAUGGAAAGAUGAUUUUUUUAAUUAUGGUGGAUAUGAUGAAGAAAUGAAUAUAUGGGGUGGUGAAAAUAUUGAAUUAUCACUUAGAACAUGGAUGUGUCAUGGACAAAUUGAAAUCAUUCCAUGUAGUCGUGUUGGUCAUAUAUUUCAUAAUGAACAUCCAUAUACAUUUCCUAUGGGUAAAGAAUUUACUAUUCUACGUAAUCAUAAACGUACUGUAUUAGUAUGGUUUCAACAUGAUACUAAUUUAACAUUAGCUAGAGAAUAUCUUUCUUAUUAUUAUACAGUAUCACCAAUGUCUAAAAUAAUACCAGCUGGUGAUUUAAAAUUACGUAGAACUAUUCCUAAUUCAUUAAAUUGUCAUACAUUCACAUGGUAUUUAGAGAAUAUUUAUCCUUUACUUAAACAAGAAGCUAAAAAUAUUGAAAUCAAUGAUGAUACUUAUUAUUUAACUGCUUUUGAUAGUUUAUAACUAAUAGUCUUAUAAAUUGUAGAGUUUUUGUUGUUGAAAAGACAAUACAAUGAAUACAUCUCAAUGGAGAUCUAUUCAAAAGUGAAGAAUUCAAUUAUUAUUUCAAUUCGUUUAGUUAUCAAUAGAUGUUUUUGUUUUCAGCGCGAAAUUUGUUUAUCUACUCUUUUAUAUAACUGUAUAGAUAGAUAUUCAAUAUAAAGUGUAUAUUUUGUA